AUGGACAUUCCAGAGUGUGGUGUUCCUCAUGAUGGUUUGAUUUCAGAGGGCCUUAAUCGUGCUCCCUUGCGUGUGCUUGUUGGCAGGGUGACGGUAAUGAAGGACAAGGAGACUCGCGAGAGCAAGGGGGUGGCGUUUGUGCUCUAUGUGCAUAAAGAAGACGCUCUUAAAGCGGUUGCAGUGAUGCAAGGGAAGCGUCUGAACGGCCGAAUGCUCCAAGUCAGCAUCGCCAGCGACAACGGCCGGGCUGCUGAGUUCAUUCGACGCAAGGAGUACAAGGACAAGAGCCGCUGCUACGAGUGCGGGGAUGCAGGCCACCUGUCAUACGAAUGCCCCAAGAACCAGGGCCCAAAGAAGCAUGGAGGCUACUUCAGCGAUGAGAGUGGUGACGAAGAUGAUUAA